AAGCAGCGCUCAAACGCUUAUACUUGCUGUGAUGAAGCUAUAUCAGCAUAUCAAGCGCUUAGUGCGCUUAUUGGACAGUCAACCCGGUUCAACGCUGGCCCACGACGACAAGACGCUCCCGGCCUUGUUUUGUCGCCCUGCACUUAAUACGUAACGAUGAGCCAGGAUCCGCUCAAAGAGUGAGCCCCUCCUCCACUGCGUCGGCCACCUAGCCUCGACUCCCGCAAGCAUCCUGUCAUGGGCGACUCGGGCAGCUUAGUCUGCGCUCAAGACCGCGGCGGACGAUGUCAACAAGGCUGCUUAGGGAGCAGCCCAGCAAGCAGCUGGAUGAAGUGAAAAGAAUUGCAGGAGGAGGGACUGUGGCGGUCAUUGCGCAGUCUCUGGCGGUUCAAGCUGAGAAGGGCGUUGGAGACGUCGCCAAGUUGCUCGCCAACGAAGCGCAUACAUUUGUCGCAACAAUCCCCACUUCGUCGCUGCGCUACUCCAAGCUGGUGAUGACGCUGGCAGGUUUUCGAACAUGGCAGCUGAAGAAAGUGCGUGUACACAGCUUCUACCGCAACAACCCCAAUCUCGUCUCGGGAAUUUCAAUCGGCAUCGGAAUCACCCUCGUAGCACCACCAGCGAGCGUGAUCCUCCUCGGCUCGUCCAUCUACGGGCCGUAUACGUGCGGUGUGUUCUCCCUGCUUCAGCACACUGGAGCGCUCGCCGCUGUGGAUGUCGCUGCUCUCGUGGGCGGAGCCGCGUUGAUAGGCGUAGGGGUCGCUUUGAAGAUCAAUCACGACAACUGCAACUAUGACGCACAAUCAAAGGGAAGGGUUGGUAUGGGGCUGGUGGAUGUUGCUGCGGGAUCUGCUGCUGCGAUGCGCAUUGCGGCGCAGAUCAGAGGAAGUCAGAUUAUUUCCGCAUUGCAGAGAACUCCAGCGAUGGAGAUGGUUGGGGCCGGCGGGGGGAAGGUUUAG